AUGAGCAGUACGGCUGCUGCGCGUCUACCCAGUCCCAGUGAGCCUGAAUCAGUGCUUGACAUAAGGAGCUACCAGCCAUUUCAUCAACAACUACCACAAUUUGACCCAAUACUGCCAUUCGCCGCUGCACAUUCCGAACAGCAGUUCUCGUUGAUCCCGUCCUGCGUCGGUCCCAAAGUCUUCAGCCCAGGACUGCCACAUGCACAUGCACAGGCUUUGCUACUACAACAACAGCAGCAGCAGCAGCAACAGCAGUACCAUCCAUACAUGAUGGCAAUGCACAAGCCGUUCGGCAAUGCACGCGCAACAAUGGCAAUGGGUGAGUCGAGACGCAGCUCAUCUGCGUCAACGUCGUCCUCCUCCAUUCUGGAUGUGCUGCGGACAAGCACAGGGAAUAGCCCAUCGCCACCAGCGAGUGAAGGUGAAUCUAGUGCCGAAGAUGAGAGUGCUGCUGCCUCGGCUAUGGCCAACGAUCAGACACAACAGCAGCUACCCCAGCAUCAGCAACAGUGUGGCGACAAUUUACCUGCGCCGGGCAAUAGUCCAAUUCAGCUGUGGCAGUUCCUGCUGGAGCUACUGACGGACCGUAAGGCACAGGACUGCAUUCGCUGGUCACCCAACAAGUGGGAGUUCAAGCUGAUCUCACCGGACGAGGUGUCUCGUCGCUGGGGCGAACGUAAGAACAAACCCAAAAUGGACUACGGCAAGCUGUCGCGGGGUCUGCGCUACUACUACCAGAAGGACAUCAUCCAGAAGGUCGGUGGCAAGCGCUAUGUGUACAAGUACACAUGCAACAUUGAGAGAAUGGUCAACGAGACGUGGGAGAGCCUCCAGGAACGCCUCUCCGAGAACGGCGAGCCGUUGUCGUUUGCAUCGCCCCCGUCGCUGCCACCGAUGCCACCCACCACAGGUAGCGGUGGAAUCAUUUCACGCUUUCUCCAGGGCAACCAGUCUUACCAAGGUACUGCCACAGGUACAGGAGAGACGGGCAUGGAAGACGAUUGAGUGAUUUGCCCGCCCGGUUGAACCUGUCUACCUACUGUCCUAGUAUAAUCUUGUCACCUGAAGCCUGCGCAUUCUCUUGGUCUUGAGCUGUUGAGCUUCUAUUGUGUAUAUUUGACACAACUGGACACAUAUCUGCAUACAAGAUGCCACUUGACUUCUCCAUCAUCUUUGACGAAUUCCUCCCUCCAUUCGUUGACAUGCUGUUUAGAAAAGAUAUUUGUAAAACCCACUGCACCUGACUUGCGAUUCGCUAGCGUCGAGGCACUCAGUCUGGCUACCUCUAGCCAUACCAAUGUAUCAAUGAUUAAACUGACAAACCACGACGAAAAGAUUACCGACCGCUUCAUGCCCUAUGGACAAACCCGAGAAUUUCAGAACCUUUUUCCUUGAUUUGCCAGCUUGUUGCUUUUCUUCAUUCCUUGAAGAAAUCAAAACUGUUUCUUCACAGUUUUCGUCAUGUUCAAUGGAAUAGCGCCAUUCUUUAUCUCUUAUCAGAUCAUACAUUUCUGCCUUCGUGUUCGGUGCACAGGCUGGUGCACUGGUCAUAAAGGAAUGUGUCAGCAAGCGGUCUCAUUACAGUGUCUAUUCUCUUUAUCAUAAGAUUGUCUACUUGGUCAGAUCAAUUGAACUCAUUUCACAGUUGAGAGUUAUGUCAAUCAAAAUAUUCAUCUUCCUUAUUCGAGCAGUUUCCAUUUCUGAGUACAUAUAAACGUUACUAGUA